AUGGCCGACUACGGCAUCGGUGCAGCGGAUGAAAUAUCCAGGCUAUCAAUAUGCCAGCCAAGCGAACCCGAGCAACAGCCGCCCAAAAUGUACAGCGCGGGUAUCGUCGCCAGUGACAUCACAAAGAAAUUUACGGAUGCCGUCCAGAUGCUGGAGCCCGGAGAAGUGGUCAAAGAUGGCUUCUUCACCCUCUUUGACUCGGUCGCUGCUCUAGAGAUUAUGGAUCCGAAAAUGGACAGCGGAUGUAUCCAGCCGGGUGAAGAGUUUGAGGUGCUGUAUGACGUCCUGCGACCUUUGCUUCCGGAGGAGGUGCUUGGUAUCAUGGAUCAACUGAUCUGUCACGAGAUGUCGUGGCAUUUAGGGUAUCCCUUGUCGCAAACACUCUUCACAAGUGUCUAUGUUGAAGCUCUUUUAAUGCCGGAACCUGGUAGUAUUGAAGAUGCGUGUUUUGUACGAGGCCGGGCAAGCGAGCUCAGUCAGCAGCCUAUGCUUGUGGUUCUUCGUGCGUAUUGCCUGGGGAUGCUCAAGGCAUGCGGCCAUGUGAAUGAGCGUAUCAAGGCGGAGCAUUUCUACGAGGAAGAAGACUUUGUCCCAACCACGUAUAAUCGCACACUGUUGACUUAUUUUCCUUCCAAAGUCGUCCAGGACCUUCUCACCGACGCGGCAGAGCUCAUCCUCACCCUCAAAGGAUCGACGGUACCCGCGGAUAUCGCAGACGCCCUCAUCAGCCGUCUAGAUCUGCGGAGCGUGUUCCUCGCAGCGACCGAGUCGCCACAACACGUGAAAGAGCCCCUCAGAGCAAAGGAUGCCUGGGAAAAGGCGCUGCAGAUAUUGCCGCGCAUACGAUGCUCCCAUUCUCUAGGCCGGCCAGUCGACGACGCUUUCAGUCCCAAGUUGCAGCGCAAGCUCGCAAGCACCAUGCCUCCACGACCGAUUGUGAAACUCGGCUUUGACGACGCGUUUGGCCACCUGUUUCGUCUGUUCAAAGAUGGAUCGGAAGUCAUGAAUGUUUUGGAGUACACAGACUCGCAGUGUCUACAGACGUUUGUGCAUACGUUUCAGUCAAAGAAACCGCAACCGAUGAUCUACGUGAGGACGCUGCUCCAAACCUUCCUUUUCAACGACAUGGAGAUCCUCGGUUCCAUGAGCAUCCGCCAGCUCCUCGACGACGACUUCUCCAUCGUCACCCUCCCCGCGAGCCCCCUGCUGGAUCGCGCCAAUGACGAAAUCGAAGCCGUUCGGGAUCCUCGCUUCGCCAUGUCUCAGCAAAUGGAGCUCUUCCGUCAAAGAGCAGCGCAACCCUUCCUGGAUAUUUUCAGAACAGCCUGCCAAAACAGGUGUCGUGUUCGCAGAACGCUGUGCCACCUCCUCCGCGAUUGGGAGAAUCUGCAAGUCGACGCCGAGGACAUUGACCAAAUCCUUCAAGUCAAAACCAAGGAACCGCCUCUCAUGCAGCGAUCGACCGUGGGAUUCGGCCCAGCAGAGACGUACUCUCUACCUCUGUCAUCGUGGACGUACCUGUACAAGUUGCGGCUGAUGGAAAGCAUUGUCCAGUUGGGGUUUGAGCUUGAAGUCUACCAGGUGGACGAGUUGGCAGGCAUGUACUGGUACCUCACUUUCCUGUCCAAGUCACGCCUCCAACACGUCGAGCGGAUCAAGACGUUCAUCGUCCGCCAGGCGAAUCAAGCCCACUCCCAGGGUCCUGCGGAACUGGAUGUCGAGGCGCAACUCCAGCGAUCGCUGGCCUUUGCGAGACUGUUCAUGCUCGAUGCGGCCGUCACGUGGGAACUGUCCGAUGCGUUAUGCUGCGUUUACACUGUUCUUCACCGGCACGGGCUGAUAACUUCGCCCCAAAGGCCGUAUUCCAACGAUCAACUACGCCAUGAACUCCGCAUGAGGCCGUUUGCACCGGUCGGAUUACCUGCGUUGCCUACUUUUGAGCAGUUCCAAGACGGGACGAGGCAAGUCGAGUCGAGUACCCUCCAACUGCUCGAGUAUGCUGAAAGGGCGGCGACAAACGCAAAGAGGGGUUUCGAAGCUCUGAACAGGUUGUCGGCCAAGGAUUCCUUUUCGGUGGGAUCGCACGCUUGGUGGAGCGGAUCGGCAAAGGCGGCGCUGAAGUCGUGCAUCGCCACCGUCGUGGCUAUUUCCACGCUGCAAAAGGCGUUCAAGGCCGCGGGAGAGGCCAAGACGCCGCGCGUUUCGGCCGAGAUACCUACUCCUGAUAAAGCGUAUCAUGAGUGGUGGAUAGUUCCCAGGAUAGUGCCGAGCUCUUGUUGA